UUACUAUUUUCAGUGAUAUCUAUCAUUAAUAAAAUUGAAUGAAACCAAUUACGUGGGAAGAAACGCUUCCUUUGUGGAAAAUACAGAGCGGUGGAAAUGUUGUAAGAUAUCCUUUUUAGUACAGGAUGCAGACAUCCUGUUGUAUUAUGUUCUGAUAAAACAGCUGUUUAGGUGCUGGGUUCAGUUCGAUAGGGUUGGGACUCAGAUCUCUUCCUCCCACCAGACCAUCAACGGCAGGAAGUGAAGCCACAACUGGUUCUGACCAGGGAUGACUGGUCUCUCCUGGAGGUUUCUGAUAAGAGCCAUUCUAAGUACCCCAACUCGGACACUCAGGUGGCGGCACGGAUCUCUGCAUGUCUGACUGACAUCUCCCAGUGGAUGUCCGCUCAUCACCUGAAGAUCAACCCCGACAAGACCGAACUACUUUUCUUCCCUGGAAAAAACUCUCCUACUCAGGACCUGAUCGUUAACUUUGGCGACUCCGUGUUGACGCCCACUCAGACUGCCAGGAACCUCGGCGUGACACUCGACUCCCAACUCUCCCUGACUGCCAACAUCACAGCGACAACACAAUCCUGUAGAUACACGCUCUACAACAUCAGGAGAAUACAACCCCUUCUCACUCAGAAGGCGGCGCAGGUACUAUUUCAGGCUCUUGUCAUCUCCCGCCUUGACUACUGUAACUCUCUCCUGGCAGGUCUCCCAGGUACCGCCAAAAUCGACCACUGCAGCUCAUCCAGAAUCACUGUCCUGGCUCCCAGAUGGUGGAAUGAGCUCUCUGAUGACAUCAGGACCACAGAGAGCCUCUACAUCUUCUGUCGAAAACUCAAGACACACCUCUUUAGACUCUACCUUGAAUAAAACACUAGCAAAGCACUAACACAUCGUAGCACUUAAAUUGUACUUAUAAUGGCACUUUUCUAUAACAUGUUUUGAAACUGAUUAUUUGAUGAAAAUGGUACUUUCUUGCUACUUGCUCUUCUGAGUUUGUAUCUCUCACUUAUUGUAAGUCGCUUUGGAUAAAAGCGUCAGCUAAAUGAUAUGUAAUGUAAUGUAAUGUAAACAUACAAAACCUUCAAGUAUAACCUUUGAUUGACUUGCACACAUUGAUGUGCUGUCUGUCCUGCUGGCUUAUAUGUACAUUUGUCUUUUUCUGCUUUGCUAUUUUUAUUGAUAUGUAUGGGUAUGUAAUGUGCUUCAGUGGUAUAUGUGCUUGUAGUGUAGGGUCUGCUCUGGCCUAUUGUCAUACACUUUUCUUUUUGCUGUGUUUUGGUUUUGUCAACACGUUGUGGUCCGUUUGUGUAUGAUUUUUAUUUCCAUUUCUUUUUGAGAUGUGUAUUAGAUUUCUGUCCUCUGUAUCUAAGACAGAGAGAGAGCUCUGUCUUCUCUGUGAGGCUGCUGGCCCUUUAAGAGAGAAGAGGAUGAGCCGACACCCAGCCCCCCCUCCACCCUUCAACCCCCCCACCCCCAUUCCCAUUCUCUCCGACACAUUGUUCUCCCGGGGAGCAGCAGCUACAACGGAUAGACAGAGACAGGCAGACAGACAGGUCUUCGCUGUGCACGUUUGGGACUCUUUGUUUUGGACAUGAAAUCAAUGGAGCAGACCCGCGGAUCCACCAGCUGAUUGAAGGAGACAAAGACAGAGGAGGACUGACGGACAGACCGGCAGACAGACUGGCAAAAAGACAGACAGACAUGCAGACCGACUGAUGGGAAAGACGCUAUGACCGGAGGCACGGGCCGCUGGAGCGUCAGGCACAAGCUCAGGUAGUCCGGCACCGAGGUGAGACCACUUGUGAUCGGUGGUUGCCAUGGGGCCCAGGCCGUCGUCAGGGGAGCUGUGGGGGCUCCACCUGAUGCCCCCACGCAUCCUGGUGGAUUGCUGCCUUCCAAACGGGAUGAUGGUGAGUCUGGAGUGUCUCAGAGAAACUCCUCUCAUCAGCAUUAAGCAGCAGCUCUUCACUGAGGCCAGGAAGUACCCGCUCUACCACUUACUGCAGGAGGAGUCCAGCUACAUCUUUGUGGGAGUGACCCAGGAGGCGGAGCGGGAGGAGUUCUAUGAUGAGACCAGGCGGCUUUGUGACCUCCGACUGUUUCACCCAAUCCUGAAAGUCAUCGAGCCGCUGGGCAACCGAGAGGAGAAGAUUCUGAACCGAGAGAUAGGGUUCGCCAUUGGGAUGCCAGUGUGUGAGUUCGAGAUGAUGAAGGACCCGGAGGUUCAGGACUUUCGUCGCUCCAUACUGAGCGUGUGCAGAGAGGCCAUGGAGGAGAGAGAAGGGGGGGGCGCCCAAAGCCAGGCGCUAUACGUUUACCCCCCCAACCUGGAAUCCAGCCCCCAGCUCCCACAGCACAUCUACAGCAAGCUGGACAAAGGCAGGUUGAUCGUCACCAUCUGGGUCAUAGUAUCUCCAUCCAACUCCAAACAGAAAUACACCCUUAAGGUAAGUCAUGACAGUUUACCUGAGCAGCUGAUAGCAGAGUCCAUCAGGAAGAAAAGCAGAUCGAUGCAUCUGUCACCUCAACAGCUCCGCCUCUGUGUCCAGGAGUACCAGGGGCAGUACAUUCUUAAGGUGUGUGGCUGUGACGAGUACCUGCUGGAGAAGUAUCCUCUCAGUCAGUACAAGUAUAUACGGUCCUGUAUCAUAGUGGGACGUCUUCCACAUCUGAUGCUGGUCUCUAAAGACAGUCUCUACUCUCAGCUUCCUGCUUCUGGCUUUGUCACACCAUCAUACAGCCGUCGGACUCCUCAGCCUUCUCCCUGUCCUGGAGGAGGUGAUGGUUCUCCUCCUCGUUCUCUUUGGGCCUUUAACACUUUGCUGAGGGUACGACUGCUGUGCGCCACCUACGUCAACGUCAACAUCCGUGACAUCGACAAGAUCUAUGUGAGGACAGGAAUCUAUCACGGCGGAGAACCGCUCUGUGAUAACGUCAACACCCAGAGAGUCCCCUGCUCCAACCCCAGGUGGAACGAGUGGCUGGCCUAUGACAUCUACCUGGCUGAUAUUCCUCGUUCAGCCAGACUCUGCCUGUCAAUCUGUUCUGUGAAGGGAAGGAAAGGAGCAAAAGAGGAGCACUGCCCUCUGGCCUGGGGCAACGUGAACAUGUUCGACUACACCGACAUUCUGGUUUCAGGUAAAGUGGCUCUCAGUCUUUGGCCGGUGCCUCACGGCCUCGAGGACCUCCUAAAUCCCAUUGGAGUUGCAGGUUCCAAUCCCAACAAGGAGACUCCCUGUGUGGAGCUGGAGUUCUCCUGGUUUAAUCAGACUGUGGUGUUUCCUGACGAGCAGCAGAUAGAGGAACAUGCUAACUGGACCAUUAGCAGAGAGCUGGGCUACAACUACUGCCAUGGAGUGAGCAGUCGUCUGGCCUGUGACAGCAGAACUUCAGCAGCUGAUACAGAGCAGCUUCGUUCUCUGUGCUCCAGAGAUCCUCUCUAUGAACUCUCAGAGCAGGAGAAGGACUUCCUGUGGAGGCACAGACAUUACUGUGUAAACAUGCCAGAGUCUCUUCCUAAGCUGCUUCUGUCCGUCAAAUGGAACUCUCGAGAUGAAGUAUCUCAGAUGUACUGUCUGCUGAAGGAGUGGCCUCUGAUGGAACCUGAAUCCGCUCUGGAGUUGUUGGACUGUAACUUUCCUGAUCCGAUGGUCAGAGAGUUUGCUUUGCGCUGCCUGGUACAAGGCCUGACCGACGACAAGCUGUCACAAUACCUGCUGCAGCUUGUACAGGUGUUGAAGUAUGAGAUGUACCUGGACAAUCCUCUGGCUCGUUUUCUGAUAAAGAAAGCUCUGACCAAUCAGAGGAUUGGGCACUUCUUCUUCUGGCAUCUCAAGUCAGAGAUGCACAAUAAGACGGUGUCCCGUCGCUUUGGUCUGCUGCUGGAAGCUUUCUGUAGAGCUUGUGGGAUGUACCUGAAACACCUCAACAGACAGGUGGAGGCCAUGGAUAAACUGGUGAACUUGACUGACACACUCAAACAAGAGAAGAAGGACGAAACACAAAAAACUCAGAUGAAGUUCCUGGUUGAACACAUGUCUCGUCCAGAUUACAUGGAGGCUCUUCAGGGAUUUGUUUCCCCUCUGAACCCGGUUCACCAGUUGGGAAACCUGAGGCUGGAGGAGUGCAGGAUCAUGUCUUCAGCGAAGCGCCCCCUGUGGUUAAACUGGGAGAACCCUGACAUCAUGUCUGAGCUGCUCUUCACCAACAACGAGAUCAUCUUUAAGAACGGAGAUGACCUGCGUCAGGACAUGCUGACUUUGCAGAUCAUUAAGAUCAUGGAGAACAUCUGGCAGAACCAGGGCCUGGACCUGCGCAUGCUGCCGUACGGAUGCCUGUCCAUCGGAGACUGUGUGGGUCUGAUUGAGGUGGUGAAGAACAGUUUCACUAUCAUGCAGAUUCAGUGUAAAGGUGGCCUGAAAGGGGCGCUGCAGUUCAACUCCAACACACUCCACCACUGGAUCAAAGACAAGAACCGCGGAGAGUCGUACGACCGGGCCAUUGACCUCUUCACCAGGUCGUGUGCAGGUUACUGCGUGGCAACCUUCAUUCUGGGAAUUGGAGACCGGCACAACUCCAACAUCAUGGUGAAGGAGAAUGGCCAGCUGUUUCACAUCGACUUUGGUCACUUUCUGGAUCACAAGAAGAAAAAGUUUGGGUACAAACGGGAGCGAGUUCCCUUUGUUCUGACUCAGGACUUCCUCAUUGUCAUCAGUAAAGGAGUCCAGGAGUCGACCAAAACCAAGGAGUUCGAGAGGUUCCAGGAGAUGUGUUAUAAGGCCUACCUGGCCAUCCGGCAGCAUGCCAGCCUUUUCAUCAAUCUCUUCUCCCUAUUGCUGGGCUGCGGGAUGCCUGAACUGCAGAGCUUCGACGACAUUGCCUAUUUGAGGAAAACUCUAGCCCUAGAGAAGAGCCAGCAGGAAGCGUUGGAGUAUUUCACCAAACAGAUGAACGACGCUCAUCACGGAGGCUGGAGCACCAAGAUGGACUGGAUCUUCCACACCAUCAGACACAUGCCCAACGAACACUGACACACUGACACAUACUAUAUAUAUAUAUAUAUAUGUAUGUAACACACACCCUAUUGCGUAUCUACUGCACUACUGUGAUGACAAUGAAGACAACAAUGAAGGUGUCUGACUGUGUUAGAUGUCAGUAUUGUGACAUCAUGUCAGUAUUAUGACAUUGUGUUUUUAUUGUGACAUUAUGUCGUCAUUGUGACAUGUCGACAUCACGUCGGUGGGCUGGUUGUUAUAACAACAUAAAACUCAGGGUCACAGGCCAGAGCCAAAGGCAUGCUGGGAAAAAGACAGCGAUGAUGUCGUACAUGUCUUCCGGGCGGGGCUAGAGUUAGUGUGUUAGCUCUGCUAGCUCCUCUAAGCACAGACUAAGCUUUUCAAAAUAAAAUACUUUAUUACCGUAGCAUUUGAAUUAGAGCUCAUUGAGUAGCAGCUGUAACUUUAUAAACUGAUGUUUUACUGCUUUAUUGAAACCAGCUGAGUCACUGUGAGAGCAAUAAAACCUCCAAUAACCGAUACUUUGAUUAUGACAAUCAGGAGUUGUGAGCUAACCGAUUCAUUCUGAGAUCACACUAAAGUAAUCAAUCGUGCUUCUGUGAAAGUUAACAAGACUUUGAACACGAUGAGUUCACAGAGAAGAUUAAACCUUUAUCACAGUGUCUGCAUUAAAGCUCUUUUUCUACAGUUAUAUUAUGGUCUGGUUGACUUUGAUUUGCUUUCUCUCUAAAAACUCUCAUGACGUAUUAAAAUGUAACUUUAACCUUCCUCAUAUUAUAAUAUUGGUACUGUUAAAUUGAAAUUGAAUUACUCCAAGUUCAAUUACUUUUCUCAUUAAUACCAUGGCUUCAUUUAAACUUGUGUCUUGAAGAUGUAUGCUUGUUUAUUUUUCAGUGGCACUUAUAGUCAAUUAUAGGAAGUGCUUUUUGCACUGAUUGAUUGAUUAAUGUCAUCGGUUGGUAAUAAAGUUCUAACUCCAGAGGUUUAAAGGAUUUUU